UAUUCUGAUCUCUCUUUUUCAAUAGAAGAUAUAAGUAACUCCUACUCAAGAUGAUGUUAGCUGGUAAACUGAUGUACAGUUUAAUGAUAAUAAUUGUUAUUAUUAAUACUGUCAAUGGAAACUGUCCUGAUGAUGAGAAGGAGAAGAAAACUUUUCCACUUGUUACUAACACUAGUGUUAAUGCUAUACCAGAAUGUGUAAUGCCAACUGAUUGUAAAGCAUGGAAAGAACUAGGAAAAAACCAAAGUGGAGUAUACCCUAUAACACCAGAUGAUGGACCAGCUUUCCAAGUAUACUGUGAUAUGGAGACUCAUGGUGGUGGAUGGACUGUAUUUCAGAGGAGACAAGAUGGAUCUGUUGAUUUCUAUAGAUACUGGACUGACUAUGAGAAUGGAUUUGGUGACCUUACUGGUGAGUUUUGGUUAGGAUUGAGCAAGAUUCAUCGUCUUACUAAAGAAGGAUCAAACACACUAAGAGUGGACCUGGGAGACUUUAGUAACAACAAAGCUUAUGCUAAAUACUCUACAUUUAAUGUUAGUGAUGGUAGUACUGAAUAUACACUAACAGCAGAAGGAUACUCUGGUACUGCUGGGAAUAGUCUGGCCUAUCACAGUGGAAAGAAAUUCUCAACAAGAGAUCGUGAUAAUGACAAACUCUCAAAUACUUGUCCUCAACAACGUGAAGGUGCUUGGUGGUUUGAACAUUGUAAUUAUUCUCAUCUCAAUGGUCGUUAUUAUACUAAUCCAACUGAUGCUAGUGGGGAAAAUGGAAUUAACUGGCGUGGGUGGAAAGGUAAUAGCUACUCUCUCAAGUUCUCUGAGAUGAAAACUCGUCGUAACAAUUAACUGAUAUUAAUAAUAACUGAGUUUGUGUGAUGCUGAAUUGCUGAUUAUAAUACAUUAUUAUUUUUAAUUGCUGAAUUUUAGUAUACCUUUAAAAAAUGUUUUAGCAAGAUUUAAACAU